UCGCUCCAAACAGACCCUGCUCAAUAGCUACUACUGAUGGCGUAAAUUGCACUAGGGUUUUCGAUGUUGAAAAGAACACAUGCGUCGAAACGCGCUAUGACCAAUGCAAUACUACCACUAAUUCUUCUAUCAUCGUGAUUCUGAAACACAGCUACAUCAUUCACAAAAUGGUCGUCUACCCAACACCUGAUAAUCGUAUAGACAGAAUGAAUAAUGUUCAAGUCAUUUUCGAUGGUCAAAUAGUCGAUACACUCCAGCAACCAACAGGAGACAACAAACAGGUCAUCGUGAAUAUAGACAAGAGAGGGCGUCGAGGGACAAAAAAUGUUACUCUCUAUAGAGAAGUAACAAAAAAAGACCAUUGUGACAGCGGGGCCUAUCCGUCCAUGGCCCUCUGCGAGGUGGAGAUUUACACGUGCACUGCAGGGAAGUGGGGUCAAAGUUGUGAUCAACAGUGUGGUGAUCAGUGCCCAGAGUGCAGAGACAACGCUAGCGAUUGCCUAGAAUGUAAAGAGGGAUUUUGGGGAGCAAACACCUGCGCCAAUAACUGUGGUCAAGGGUGUGAGUCCGGCAAUUGCAGCUUCGCAAACGGAACCUGUCAAUGUCGAGAACCACAGCAACAACACUGGGCGCCUCCAAAGUGUGAAAGUUGCAUUGAGAAGUACUGGGGAGAUAACUGCAGUGUGACCUGUCCACCAAACUGUCAAGGCCCAUGCAACAAGACGAAUGGGCAGUGUGAAGGUUGCCGUGAGAAAUACUGGGGAGAUAAGUGCGAGAACACCUGUCCAACAAACUGUCAAGGCCCAUGCAAGAAGACGGAUGGGCAGUGUGAAGUGACACCACCACCAACUUCUCCACCACCAACUGCAGCAUCACCUCCAUCAGAGAAAAAAUUUCCCAUGUGGGCGGCAGCCCUCAUUGCACUUGGCAUUCUUGGUUUGAUUGCACUGGUGGCGUUCCUAGUGUGGAGAAAACGUCGGCAGGCCCAAGGUCCCGCACAAGCUCCAGAAGGAGGACCUAAUGAAAAUCCAGAAGGAGAAGCUGAAGGAGAAGGCGAAAUGAGUAGCCAAGCAGAGCAAAGUGCCGAAGGUACCGAGGAGUCACAACAAGCAUCAGAAGGUGGAGAAGCAGCACCAGCGGAGUAAAGAACCGGAUUUCUAACGAAACAUCGCAACAAACGCUGUGAGCACAAGGAAGCACCAAACAGAUACAGACCAACGUAAAAGUGAUGAUGAAAGUAAAGAAGAUAAAGGUGAUGAUAAAGAUGAUGAUAAAGGUGAUGAUAAAGUGAACAAAGUAGUAAAGUCGAUGAAGAAGAAAGAGAGGGAACAUCAUCUGUCGGAGAAGCUGAAUCUGAGGUGUAGAAGCGAUGGUACCAAUCAGUUAAGUCCGUUGAGAAGACGUUUUGCUGGUAACAAGCUAGAACCUAGUUGCAGACUUGUCCACGUCUCUCGCAAUGGCCACUGCUUAGCACCGUGUUACAAUUGAUUUCCUGUUUGAUAUUGUGCUCAUAUACGUGGCAUAUUUUUAUUGUUAUUUUAUUCACUCUUUGUUGAAUUAAAACAUGUUGCCCGUUCUAAGUUUCUCUAAAGCAUGCUAGCAGAAAUAUUUGUAGAUCCCUAGAAACGCUCAGAGCAAACACAGUAUUAACCAUCUUUAAGCAAAAGACAGGGAGAAAGCCCGAGAGAAGAGCCGCGGGUAAAUAAUGUUAUGAGUGAAAAAAAAUGUUGCUUUGCAUUUGUGAUUAUAAGAUUUUUUUAAUUCGCUAGUUUAUGGAAUUAAUUUAUAGUUUGAAACGUUUUGUAGCGUAAGUGCUGUCAAACGAUUGUUUACAUUGAAAUAAGUUUGUCUUCCUUGUAACAUGUGUAUGAGCUUGGAUUUGCCUUACAAUGUUGUCACAGACGCUGCUCUCAUCAGAGCAACACACACAACACGUCCACACGCACUUUCACACACUAGACAAAGAUCUGCCCAUGGGCUGCUCGUCUAUUUACUGACAGAGGUCUAGUUUGUUGCUUAUCACGCUAGUCCUCCUAACCCACUGGUCAACACAAAUUAUAACAGGUAUACAAAGCAACAAGUUAUCACACACAUAUAUCCUCAAUAAAGCAUACGGUCUUCUUCCUCAACUGCAAUUAACUAUUCUGAAAUGGCAUGAAAUCAAUGAAUAUAAAUGUCAAAUCAACUAUUUCCCACAGCCAGCAAGAAAACACAGUCACGUGGCUAGAUUACUCAGGGUGCACAUCACCGCUACCCAAUACAAGACUCUACUACUAAAUACCAAUGUCCCACUCUACACGUUCGUUUCACAAAGUUUCUCCGUCUUCUUGAACAGUUCGAACCUUUCCCCCUUACCCUGAUAAUUUAGCUAAUGAGUAGGGAAGUCUUACUGUUCCCGCUACGUGGGUGACGAUGGUGCCCAGUCACUUGACACCUGCUCCGCUCUAGUCAGGUGUCUCCAGGACUUUCCCACGCCGGCUCCAGCCCUCAUCGAUCUCCGCACAAAGAAGUAGAGUUUAUGAAGAAAGGCCUUUACACCAGGCGCUCCAGUCGUUGUAGACCUCUCUGGCUGUUUGGGAUGAUGUGGGAGUUAAUCUACUCGACUACCGUCCUUCUAGUUGCGCUGCUCCCUUCGUGGUGGUGUCGUCGUCGUCGUCGCGCCGACUCCGGCUGUCAAACUCAGCCUUCUCGAGCCCUGCGCCUCACUCCCCGCUUACUGCAGUAGAGUCCGCUCUCCGCAUACAAUCGUAGAGUUUCUUGGAGACUGUGCAGCGUCUCCAGUCCUGAGGUAUCCUCGCUUUUUUGAAGGCCGUGCAGAGUUUCCCCUCACUAGUCCACGACAGCCACUAUUUACGACGCACCUCGCUCCAGCUAGCAACUUCCAAAACCCACUCCAAACAGCCCCCUUGGCUUUCCACCGUCGUGUAUCAAUACUCACCCCUGUCACACUCCACCAGGGGUGAGCACUCCUUGGCUCGCACGUGAGGUCCAAAACUCACGUGGACCCACGACUUUUACAAGGUAGAGGGGUAAUAAUCAGGGCUUGCUAUGCCACCCCUGGCCCCUCUCUAUCCCUGACCGUCACAAAUGUUGACACUGUGACUUUCUUAAUUGUGUGUCUGCUUUUUCUCCUUUUGACUCCUUCAAAAGGGACGACCAACACAUGGAUAGAUGUAUAAUUUACUGUUGUUUUGCACUUGUGAUUAUAAAAGUUUUUAAAUAGUUUGGUUAUUGAAUUGACAUCUUUAAAGGUUUUGUGAUUGAAAUGCUGUCAAAAGGUUGUAUACGUUGAAAUAAAUUUGCU